UACGGUGCAUUGUGUUGAUUAGUUUCAAUCGUAACAUUUCAGAAGGAGUUGUUUUGUAAAUCAGAACACAAUAUAUUCUGAUGGUGAAAUGAAAGUGACUAAAUAAAUCGUUUUCUUCGACAACACAAAUAAAAUCUCAUUUUCAUAUCAAAACGUUUGAAAAACAGUUUCUGUUCAUUUUCAAAAUUGUGCUUCAAACCACGAGUGCUUUUAUGCUAUUUUACAAAUAAUAUUUUCAUACGGUGAUUUACAUUUCGAUUUUGAUCAUCGGUCAUUUUUAAUAAACGUUUACUUUUGUCGAUUCAACAAUAAUAAAAAGGCUGGUAGCUGGGUAUACGAUCGGGUGGUGUAUCAUUGUGAACAAUAUUGUACAAAUUUUGUGAUAAAUUCAGUCUGUGAUCAGACGGUGAAUAAAAAAAAAAAAAAAAAAAAAUAAUUCCCUAUAAAUUCAGGUGCAUUUUUGAGGUGAUUCCACAGUUUAGUAAAGAAUUUCACAGCACCUUGUGUUCCAAUUGCCGACCAUUGCAUCGUGAAUACAACAUUUUCGAACGCGCUUUUUGUCAUUUUGCAGUGAAUGUGACAGUGUUGUUGAUUUAAUUUUCAUUACAAUGAAGAAGAGACGUGCAAAAAUAAAUUCAGCCUUUAAGAAAAAUACGGCAAAAUUGAACGACAAUGAAGAGUUGCGAUCGAUAAAACUGUCAGCGCCUUCGGUAUUCAAGUCUGAAUAUUCGGAAGCGCUAACAGAGCAUUUUUUCCAUAAAUGCUACGAUGGUACAGUAAUAUGCUACCCAGGUUCGACAUUGUUUUUUUAUGUUGUCAACAUUGCAGCAGAUAACGAUGAUCGGCAAUAUUUCAUUGACAGUGUUGGAAAAAAUGUUAUACGUGAGUGUUUCGCCGCCGUAUCACGAGAAAAUUUGGAAAAUCCAAAUCAACCGAAAAUACCACGUGGAUUCCUUGAAAUGAUUGCCGAUGAUCAAUUUGAAUGGCCAAGUAGGUACCAAAUGGGCAACGCAUUUGAAUACUUGAAUCAACAAUAUUUGUCAAAUGUUACGACAAAUUUGACAACUCAUUUAGAUAAUAUAUUGGAGAACUUCUUGCAAAUGAUUCGCUAUCAAUUGAACGAAGACCCUAAUCGGCUCAUAAAAUUUGAUGGCAUUGACAUAAGAAAUGCAAAGAACAAUCUUAUGUUCAAUCAAGAUUGUACCGGAGUCGAUCAACACCGAAUGAACAAAAUGAAUGAGUUGUAUGAACAAGUCGCCGUACGCUGUUUACCAUCAUUUCGCAACCAUUUGUCAAUGAUUGAAUACAUCGAGAAAAAGUGGUUUGAAUCGUUGUGGUUUUUCAUCUUCAUUCAACGUGAAAUAAGUAUAUUUUUGGAAGAGCAUCACGAUCUUGUGCAAUUAUGGCUACGACACCAACGCCAUCCGCUUUUUUAUUGCAAACCAUCCAAGCCAUUGCCACCAAAAAUAAGAAAUUUCACCGUCAUACCGAUAUGUGACUCGCAGUUGAAACACAUUAAAUUCGAUCAAGUUGAUUUGAUGAGCCUGCUGGCCCAAUGGAAAGUUGUGCCGAAGAUAUUUAACAAUGAUGAUGGAGGGCAUAAUAUGUAUAGCCGUAACUAUUACAAGGAGAACGAAGAUGAGGCAUGGGCCAUUUUGUUCAACAUGGACAAAAUCAACGAGAUCAAGAAACCGAACCAACAGUUUCAUCACAUGAUAGUCUGCGAUAGCGUUUCCGCGUCGGUAUUGUACAGAACACCAAAGCCUGAGAUCGAGAAUACGGAGCUGCAUCGACAAAGAAUCAAGCAAAAACUCGAGAACAAUGAGUAUAAAUACAUCGUCGCAAUUGAUCCCGGUAUGAAAACAUACUUAGCCGGAAUUCGUCGGAAUAUUGAAGAUCGCACUGAGGAAAAUUUCAAGAUAUCUUCGAAGUCAUAUCAUUGGGGUGCCGGACAAAAAGUCAGAGACAAAAUGGGAAAGCUUAUGACUGCCAGAUUCACGCAACGAGAGCAAUUGGACCGUGAAAGCUAUCCAUCGAUACCAUCACCGCGAGGAAUCCGAUGGAGAAAUUACGUCAGGCAUCGAUUAACCAUGGUGAAAGAUGCUCGGCGACGUUAUUCACGGCUUUCGUUUGACAAAUACAUCGGGUCACAAGGUGAGAAAGAUUGGCUGGCGAAAGUAAUAACAAAGAAUGAGCCAUCGCUUAUAAACAUCGGAGCAGUGGAUAUGGCACCCAAUUCACCAAUUGGCAUAAAAAAGGGAAAACGAUGCCCAGGUACACGGCAUCUUCAAUGCAGCGUUAAAAAACUUGGCCAUUCAGAUGUACACAAAGUGAAUAAAGAUUUCACAUCUCAACACUGUGCGAAUUGCCAGAAGAAAUCCCCGAUUCAAACACAAAAAUAUCGAUUCAAAGUGUGCCACUGUACUCGCGAUGCACCAAUACCACAAGAAAUAGAACCGUAUAUCUCACUACCACGGCUAAUUGUGACGAAGAAGAGUCAACGACGCAAAAAGAAAGAUAGCUGCGUGAAGAAAUUGAUCGCAAGAGGCAUCAUGGAUCCAGCAAAUCAACCAGCAGAAUUUCAACCAGGACGAUUAGAGUCAAAGAAAAUGUACUUUCUGAUAAACUGGCUACUAAACUCUGUGAAUGCAAUUCAAAUGGGAGGCGACGCUGAUAAAUAUCCGGAACAACAACAGCAACAUCAAAAACGAUUUUGCACCGUUUGGCAUCGAGACAUUGUUGCGGCUAGAUGCAUUAUGUACAAAGGUCUUUGUUACAUAUUCAAUUUGGAAAUGCACAACUCGUAUGUCAGAGCACCAGCACCUCCAAGACCACCAUUGCGUAGAAGACAACCAGCACGCAGAAGAGCCAAUGCAAACGUUGUUCCAGAUCAAUGAUUAAGCAGCGUCGAAAUUAAAAAGAAAAAAUAUAAUAACUCUGGUAGUUAGUAGCAAAGCUUGUAUUUUGUGGCUUUGGUGAUUGUGUAUAGUACACAUUGUCUAAAUGUGCAUGCACAGUUCAGUACAGAUUUAUCUGUAGGCUAACAGUUUGUGGUAAAAUUACACGUCGCUUUAAGUGGUUGAAUCAAUUUGUAUCAAUAAAUUAUUCAUUGUAUGAAAUUAAAGUGCAGAUUAACCAUCAUUUUAUUUAAAUUUGAUGCAGAAGUGUGUUCGAAAAAUGUUAAAAUAAAAUUCGCUUUAAAUAAAAGAAUAAAUCCAUUUAAUGUA